AUGUUGAAAAAACAACACAACACCUCCAAGUCGACUUCCUUAUUUCAAAUCCGUUUAAAGAAUCUUGAACAUGAUGUUCUCGUAUUGAAAGGAAGCCCCCACGAGGCUGCAUCAGCAUUGUUAUCAGGAAACAUCGCUCUAUCAGUCAAUGAACCAUUAACAAUCAAGAAGGUCACACUUCGGCUCUAUGCAAACUUGAAUCUUCGUGCCGAUUUGACGUCAGCUUCAUCUGCUGCUGCGGGCACUAGUCGAAAAAUGUUGAAUUUUUCCAAAAAGAUUUACGAAUAUGACUGGGACUCGAAUGAGUUCAAUCAAUACAUUGAUCACAUGUACGAAAACAAUUCAAACUCAACUCCGCAGUUGCCAAAAAACAAUUCGUCCACAUCUUUGAAAAACAUGAGGUCAAGAAGUGGGUUGAACUUGGCACAGUUGUCACAAUCCAGUCACAGUUUAUUGUCUAGCCGAAGCAGCAGUUCAACAAAUGUGCACAAGACUGCAGUUCCUGGUGGGGCUGCAAAUCAUGUCUUGGUUCAAGGUAAUUACGAAAUCCCAUUCAGUGCAAUCUUACCUGGAGACAUGCCAGAAUCAAUUGAAGGCUUACCAGGGUGCUCCUCAGUUUACAGAUUAGAAGCAACGAUUGAUAGAGGAAAAUUUCAUAGUGCUUUGGUUACAAAAAAACACCUUCGUGUGGUUAGAACUUUGACCACUGAUGCAGUUGAACUAUCCGAAACAAUCGCUGUUGACAACACCUGGCCGAAAAAAGUUGAGUACUCAUUAAGUUGCCCCACACGUGCAUUGGCUAUUGGAAGUGGAACCCCCAUUAGUAUGAUGCUUGUCCCUUUGCUAAAAGGAUUAACCUUGGGAGAGAUCAAAAUCCAAUUAGUUGAAUUUUAUUCAUAUGUGGGGAACGUGCCACCAAUGCAUCAAGCCGAAAGGGUAAUUGCUUCGAAAAAGAUUCCUAAACCGGAUCCCGAUGCGUUCAAUAUGGACAAGUGGGAAAUUGAAACCUUUUUGCGCAUUCCUGCAAGUUUAUCCAAAUGUUGUCAAGAUGUUGAUUUACAGCUGCACGUCACAGUAAGGCACAAGUUAAAAUUUGGGAUUGGAUUGGUCAACCCUGAUAAUCAUGUGUCCGAAUUAAGAGCAUCAUUGCCAGUACAGUUGUUUAUUUCUCCCUUUGUCACCGUCAGCUCAAAACAUGAUGUUGAUUCCACAAUUCCAAACGAAAACAACGAGGAGGACAUUUUGUUCACCAGUGACUCAUAUGACCAUUUGAGUGGAUUGGACAACAGAGCCAGCAAUAGCGCUGCAAACUCUGCUAGCAAUUCCCACACAUCCCUUACAGGAUUGGUGGCUCCACCGGUGUAUGACCAGCACAUUUAUGAUCGGUUGUGGUCCGAUGUGUCCCCUAUAGAGACACCGUUGACUUCCGGGGCCUCAACUCCAAGAAGUAGAGGUGGUGGCUAUAAUGGCGGUGAUGUUGGUCAAUUUUCAAUGUCGCCUUUGGACUCACAUGCAUUGAGUGAGAAUUUGAGACAGUUGAGUCUACAGAGGCAGGCUCAAGAGGCUGAAGCGCUCUCUCAAAGCGGCUCUAGGCACGGACGGGCAACUUUCAACUUGGAUGAUGAAGAGUCUCAGCAACAACAUUCAACACCUCAUUCGACGUCAGGGAAUGAUUAUUUUAGUCGUACACCUACAGGAAUUCCAAGUAAUCGUAGCUUUUUGCAAGACCAUGUGAUGACACCUCCUGUCCACUUAUCAAGGGUCAAUUCAGAUGCAAAUGUGCUCAGUAGUAGUGAUUUAUCACGAGUUCCAUCCUACAGUCAAGCGAUGAAGAGCACAGUCUCUGAAGAUGAUGACGUUGCUCCCGCGUAUGAGCCACCGUCUCCUGAUUCUAACGUCAAUUUGCAAGAGGUGAAUCGAAACUUGCUACAGAAUACUCAACCCUCAUCACUUCGUCCAAAUGUACCACAAAGGGGUCCCGGCUUGCGCAAGUCCGGUUCACGUUCAUCCUCGAAUAGUACAUCACCAUCGAUUUCACGAAACGUGUCGUCCACCAACUUGUCUACUAUUGGCGGCAAUACCACACUUUUGUCUCCGCUGCGAGCGACAUCAGGCACAAAUGGCGCUGCAGCAUCGAGUCACUCUUUGUCCACCAGUCCUGUCAAUAUAAGAGUACCAAGCCCAAACCCUACUACCGAAGCGCCGGUGUUGUCACGCAGUGCUUCCGAUAGGCUUGCGGCUGUUCCUGCAAGAACAUCCUCCAGUUUGAGCUUGCAUAACUUACAUUUCUUGAAAAAGAAAGAUAAGAAGUAG